AUGUCGUCGGCCUCUCCCUCCAAGGAACCUGAGGUGGAACAGGACCCUCCAUCCGGUGAAGAACAGGAGCAAAUGGAUAAGGACCAAGAUCUCCAAGCGCAAGGUCAGGGAGAGUUCGAGGUGAAGGAGCAGGAUAGAUGGCUACCAAUCGCAAAUGUUGCCCGAAUCAUGAAGCUGGCAUUGCCAGAAAAUGCAAAGAUCGCAAAAGAGGCUAAAGAGUGCAUGCAAGAAUGCGUGAGCGAAUUCAUCUCCUUUAUUACUAGCGAAGCAUCCGAAAAAUGUCAGCAGGAGAAACGCAAAACCGUUAAUGGAGAAGAUAUUCUGUUCGCUAUGACCUCGCUUGGGUUCGAGAACUAUGCUGAGGCGCUCAAAAUUUAUUUGUCGAAGUAUCGAGAGACCCAAUCCGCAAGAGGGGAGCAUCAGAAUCGACCACCAAGUAGCGGAUACGCCGGAGGCGGACCCGUUGGUGGGGCUGGCGCUGGUUCUACUGCUGGGCGUCCAGCGGCGGGAGCGUUUCCCGAUGCAACUGAUAGCACGGGCAACAUCCUGAACCAAGGCUUGGACCCUUCUGAACAGGAUGCCUCAGCUUACGGGUACCCGCCCAUGGUUGGUCAGGGUCAUAACGGAGCAGGUGGUGAAUCCUAUUAA